CCCCUACAGAGACGCAAUGUCGGUGCUACUCGAGACGUCUGUGGGCGACAUCGUCAUUGACCUGCUCGUCGCCGAAUCCCCACGGUGUUGCGAAAACUUCCUCAAGCUUUGUAAAAUCAAAUACUACAAUUUCUCGCCUGUAUAUAGCGUGCAGCCGAACUUCUCCUUCCAAACGGGCGACCCCAUCGGCCCCGGCUCCAAAGACAGCGAUGGCGGCUCCUCCAUAUGGGGCUUGCUAUCCCCCAACGACCCCGCGAAGAAGACAUUCAAGCCAGAGUUCCACCCCAAGCUGAAGCACGUCGAGCGCGGCACCGUCAGCCUUGCGACCGCCCCCGCCCCCAACGACCCCGACGAGCGCCUCGCCGGCAGCCAGUUCAUCGUUACGCUAGGAGAUAAUCUGGACUACCUCGAUGGCAAAGCUGCCAUAUUCGGCACCGUCGUCGAAGGCUUUGACGCACUGGAGAAGAUCAACACAGCGUUCGUGGACGAGACAGGCCGCCCGCUCAAGGACAUCCGCAUCCGGCACACCGUGGUUCUGGACGAUCCCUUCCCCGAUCCACCAGGCCUGGUCGCACCAGAUGCGAGUCCUGUACCCACGCCCGCCCAACUCGCUACCGUCCGCAUCGCCGACGACGAAGAACUUGCCGAGAAUGAGGACCAAGAAGUCAUGGAAGCGCUCCGGCGCGAGCGCGAAGCCCGCGCGCAGGCCCUCACUUUGGAAAUGAUGGGCGACCUGCCCUUCGCUGAAGUCAAGCCCCCGGAAAACGUCCUCUUCGUCUGCAAGCUUAACCCCGUGACGCAAGACGAGGACCUCGAACUCAUCUUCUCGCGCUUUGGCAAGAUUCUAUCUUGUGAGGUCAUCAGGGACAAACGCACCGGCGACAGCCUACAGUAUGCUUUCGUUGAGUUUGAGGAAAAGAAGGACUGUGAGAACGCGUAUUUCAAGAUGGAUGGUGUCUUGAUUGAUGAUCACCGCAUCCACGUUGACUUCUCGCAGAGCGUGAGUCGCUUGUCUGAUUCGUGGCGCGAUGCGACGAAUGCAAAGCGGAAGAAACAGGGCGGUGGAUUUGGUGGCAUUGAGGGCUUGGAGAGGAAGAGGCAGUACCGGGUUGACGAUGGCGCGGAGAGACUGCGCGAGCGCGAGCGGGAAAACAAGUACGGCCUUGUAAUAGACAGAGAGGCUGCAGCGAGGCGAGAAGAAGCGAGCAAAGACUUCGAGAGCUCGCGGAAGCGGAAGGAAAGGAGUCAUGAGUAUGAGGAUCGAUGGCGGCCGUCAAGAAGCCGCAGUCCGAAAAGGAGCGACCGGCGAGGCCAAGACAACAAGUAUUCAGAAAAGCGUAGGGAGCGAAGUCGAAGUCGAAGUCGAAGUAGGGAUCGUUACCGCACCGAUCAUCGGAGGCGAGAUCGAAGCCGUGAGCGCUAUAGGGAUGUCGGUCGGCGAUAUGACCGUGACCGACGGUAGGCCAGCAUCGCGCCACAAGCCAUUCUUCGCGGACUAGCUAGGCUUUGGGCUACCCUUCCGGGCAUCACGGCUCGAGAAGCGAUCUUCUGGCUUCUCAGGGCCGCGUCGCCUGUCCUGUAUUUGUACGGUAC